AAUGUCAACUUGCCAUAUCUAACACUGUAUUAGCGUAAAAGCUGCUGUGUGUAUGUGCGGGCAGAAAUCAGAAGCGGCAGCAGCAGCAUUGCCCCGUGCUUUCUACAUAACUACAGCAGCGCUAUUUCUAUAGUACAUAUAACAAGUUGCAUUGAAAAAGCAUCCGGCUUCGCGAGUCGUCUGCGCCCAUCCAGCUCUACGCCCGCACCGGAUCACGACACGGACGCACCGCGCUCGAUUUCUCUCGGCACGAAAAUUGGCAGUGCAGCUUAGCAAAAAGUUGCUUCAUAUGUUAAGGCCGCGAUGACCAAGAUGCUAGGCUCGCAAAUCGCUGCGUUGGUUACGAUACUCGGCCUGGUCCUCGGGGCGGCUGGCGUUGAGUUAACCUUCGAGCUGCCCGACAACGCCAAAGAGUGCUUCUACCAGGAGAUCGAGAAGAACGUCACCUCCACGUUGGAGUUUCAGGUUGUCACUGGUGGCCAGUAUGAUGUUGAUGUUACUCUGGAGUCUCCCACAAAAGAAAUUAUUUAUAGACAAGUGAAGAUGCAGUACGAUGCACACACGUUUACUCCAACAGUGUCCGGUGUUUAUACUGCUUGUUUUAGCAAUGAAUUUUCUACUUUUUCACACAAGCUAGUGUACAUAGAUUUUCAAGUUGGAGAUGAGCUUCCUCUGCCAGGACUUGGUGAGCACGUCACAGUUAUGACACAGAUGGAGUCAUCGGCUCAAGAAAUUCACAAAAAUUUGAACAGUAUCCUUGAUUAUCAAACUCAUCAUCGUUUGAGAGAGGCUCAAGGACGCAAAAGGGCAGAAGAUCUGAAUGAAAGAGUUUUGUGGUGGUCUGCUCAAGAAGCUAUCGCUAUUAUAGUUAUCAGCGCUGCUCAAGUGUUAGUUCUGAAAAACUUCUUCACAGACAGAAAACCUACAUUAUAUUAAAUUAUUUAGUCUAGGGUUGAAUAAUUUGUUAUUUAUGUGUACUUUAAGCUUUUGUUUGUCUCUGAUCAACGAGCUCCACCAAAGUUUCAAGAGCUUGAGUAUGGAUGUAUAAAAAUACAGAAUGUUGUUACUAUGAGUUGUAAAAUACGAUACAUGUAUGAACAUCUGUAAUGUGUGGUUAUUUAAAUUAAGAAAAGUUUUAUUAUUACAUUUGCCAAUAAUCUAAACUGUCUCUGUAAAAAAAAAAAAAAAUGGAUAAUGUUCUUGAGUCUGUUUUGAGAAAUUGUGAGUUAAAUCUACUAUACUAUUUAUGUGUGUAAAAUAAACCAAAUUAAAAUUUUUAAUUUACUUCAA